AUGCAUCCUCCCUUUAAUCCAAUUCGUUGGGUGCCCGUGGCUAUCAUCACCAUGAACUGGUUCUUUCUCCCUUCUCACGAGCAUAUCCUUGCUCCUAGAACGGGUAACAGUGACCUUCGUCUCGAUGCAAGCGAAAAGAUUGUAAAAACCAACGCUUCACCAUCAAAGCGAGACAAUUCGAUGGAAAGUGCAGCAAAGUGGCACAUCCCUGCCUCCUUGCCAUCAUUGUCAAAACGAAACACAAAACGUGAUCGUACAAAUUCGCUCAAGAAACGUGAUGGCUUAUUGACACAUAUUUUACGGCACUAUCCGACUGCUGCAUCAUCACAUGGAAAUUCUAAAAGGGCAACUUCCACGGAAGAGAAACAAGAACCGUCAUCAGAGGAUCGAAACUCUUCACCUUUGAAGCGAAAUACUUCUCCUGAAUCGGCAAUCAAGUGGCAUUACCCGACAGCAUCUAAAAAAUCGAGCCCAUUCAAACCACCUUCAAAGAGGCGCACUGGGCUAGCAGAAGGAGAUACACCUUCAAUUUUGUCAUCAAGAGCAAACAUGGAGCAUCCAACAUUGGAAAAGAAGGAAGACAAAGCGUCAAAUAGUGCUUUCGAGUUGCGUUCACCCACCAGCAUGUCAUCAAAACGAGAUCGCUUACUCAAGAGAAUGGAAAAGUGGGAAUUUUCGUUGGAAAGCAGCACAAAGGAAGAUCUCCCUACUAAACGUACAGUAGCAAAAAUACCAGGAAAGAAAAGAUUGUUAAACCUUCUUCCUGAUACGGGAUUGUGUUUGCGAUUCACUGGUUCCGACAACGGAAAGAAGUCAGCUUUUGCUCGAGACUAUGCUCAAGACCUUGGAGAUUUGUCGACAAUAUUGUGA